AUGAACAUCGGAGAGAAAUACUCAUUCUUUUAUUCAACCCCGCCUCUAUCUGGUGUACGUGUCACACAGGAGGAAGAUGUAGAGUAUCGCACGCGCAACGUGGCCAAGGUGCUGUACAUCCACAUGCUAGGCUAUCCCACGCACUUUGCACAGCUGGAGUGUCUGAAGUUGGUUGCUUCUCCGAAGUUCGGAGACAAGCGAAUGGGCUAUUUGGGGGCACAGAUGUUGUUGGAUGAGAAAUCCGAUGUGCACCUGCUACUUACAAACUCCCUUAAAACGGACAUGAACUCGUCCAACCAGUUCGUGGUAUCUCUGGCACUGUGCACACUCGCCAACAUCUGUUCCACGGAUAUGGCCCGAGACUUGUCCCCCGAAGUGGAGAAGCUGCUCAAAAGCUCAAACGCAACCAUUCGCAAAAAGGCCGCACUGUGUGCGUGCCGCAUAGUGCGAAAGGUUCCCGAUUUGAUGGAGAACUAUGUGCCCCUAGUGCGACAGCUGCUUAACGAGCGCAACCAUGGAGUGUUGCUGACUGGUGUCACGCUCGUGUUUGACAUGUGUCAUAUCGAGGCGGAAACGCUCGACUUCUUCAAACGCAUGGUACCCAAUCUCGUGCGUAUGCUGAAGACCCUCGUCAUGUCUGGACACACACCCGACCACGAUGUCAGUGGUAUCACGGAUCCCUUCCUCCAGGUGAAGAUCCUGCAACUGCUGGCCGUACUGGGUAAGAACGACGCCGAAACAUCGGACCAAAUGAACGACAUCCUCGCACAGGUGGCGACCAACACAGAGUCCGCUAAGAAUGUGGGCAACGCCAUCUUGUACGAGUGUGCACGGACCAUCAUGAGCAUCAGGGCCGAGAGUGGUCUGCGUGUAUUGAGUAUUAAUAUCCUGGGUCGGUUCUUGCUGAACACGGAUAAGAAUAUCCGCUACGUGGCGCUCAAUACGUUGCUGAAGUGUGUGACAGGGGAAAUGCAGGCUGUUCAGCGUCACAGAAGCACAAUUGUCGACUGUCUCAAAGAUCCCGAUGUCUCUAUCCGACGAAGGGCGCUAGAGCUCAUCUUCGCACUCAUGAACAAGGGCAACGUAAGGGCCCUAAUGCGCGAGAUCCUGGCCUUCCUGGACGUGGCAGAUACAGAGUUCAAGGGAUAUAUGUGCUCGUCCAUCGCCACCUCUGCCGCACGUUUCGCACCGAACAAGAGAUGGCACAUGGACACUCUUCUGAAGAUGCUGACGUCUGCUGGCAACUACGUGACGGAGGAGCUGGUCACUACGGUUGUGCACAUGAUCACCAAUACAGAGGACCUACACGCAUACAUGACACAGCGGCUGUACCUGGCGCUGCAAGACGACAUCUCGCAGCAGCCUACGGUGCAGAUUGCUGCGUGGUGCAUUGGGGAAUAUGGCGAUGAUCUGGUGGCUGGAGGCUUGAACGACGACGGCGAGGAUCCAAUUGAUGCCACAGAAGAAGUGAGUCCAGAGUGA